UCCACUGCUUUGGGAGAGGCCACGAGUUACCCGUUUCUUCCUCUUCUUCUGGUUCUCCUCCUCUUCUGAUUGAGGGGGAAGGAGGGACGGAGAGAGAGCACAAUGGCGCUCCGUACUUCAUGUUUCGCUGAGAACCCAGCUCUAAUCUCCCACGGGUUCUCCACUUGCAGGGUGGUGGAUUCUACUCCCUCUCUCCGUCCUUCCACGCUUUCCCUCUCCCUCGGAAAUCCCCGCCCUUCUUCUUGCCGGCGCAGAAUUCGCAGGAUCACUCCCGCCGUUUCCACGAACGUCGAUGCCGAUCUCCCCGUCCAGCAUGCGGACGUCAAGGCGACCAGCAGUGCAGGGUGGAGAGAAUUUGCUAGACGCGUAUCUGGCGAGUGGGAUGGAUAUGGGGCAGACUUUUCACAUGAAGGAAAGCCUAUUGAGCUACCUGAAGCAGUAGUUCCUGAGGCUUUUAAGGAAUGGGAAGUUAAGGUGUUUGAUUGGCAAACCCAGUGUCCUACUCUUGCUGAAACAGAGAAACCUGUGCUUGUGUACAAAGUGAUCAAGCUCCUCCCGACAGUUGGUUGUGAAGCUGAUGCUGCUACUCGACACAGCAUAGAUGAAAGGUGGGUUGGAGGCACGAACAACAGCGUCUCUUCAUUUGCCUACCAUCAUAAUGGCUGUUAUGUAGCCGUCUGGCCAAUUAAUGAUAAGAGAAGUGCGAAUACGUCAAAGCUUCUGGAAUUGGAGCAUUGUUUGGUUGAUCCUGGCAAUCAGGAAUCCCGUGUAAGGAUAGUGCUUGUUGUCCAAAUGAUAGAAAAUGGUGGGAAAGGUAGUUCAAUGGUAAAGCUGCGCAAUGUAAGGGUCUUCCGUGAGCAAUGGUAUGGGCCAUUCAGGAAUGGUGAUCAACUUGGUGGCUGCUCUAUUCGUGAACCUGCAUUUGCUUCUACCGAAGUUCUUCAAAAUGAAGAACUUAUAGGAACAUGGGAGAGUCACGAAUUUGCUUCAAGAUUCGGAAACAACCAUGAAAAUGUUAAAGAGCUGCUAGAUGAGACCUCAAGAAGGUUGGUGAGGGAUGAACAUGGCCUUGUCUUAUUACCGAAGAAGUUGUGGUGUGUGUACAAGGAAAGUGAGGACGGAAAAAUUUAUGGAGAAGCUGGUUGGUUGUUGGAUCAUGAUAGAGCCCUGACUUCCAGAUGUGUUCUCUUGAGAGAUGGAACUGUAGAGGCAAUGGCUAUCGGACAUGAAAAGCGUCAGCAUUAAUAUGUGAUAUAUUUUAGGUUUCUAGCCAUAUCCUUUGUCCAACUUGUCAUGGAUCAGCCAUCUUUGAUUCUUGUCGGGAUUAUGUAUAUAUGUGUAUGCGUGUAUGUGGUUAUUCAAUAAUAUUUACUUUAAAAUGUUUGAUCA